AUGGAUAACUCGCAGUUUACAGCAUCAUUUUUCGAUAUCGUGUUCUACCCUGAAAAUAACACCGUUUACUUCAACGUCAACGCCAUGUCGUCGAUUGAUAACAGAACCAUUGGUAUCAAUGUCAAUCUCAUUGCUUAUGGAUUAAACGUCUUGCAAAGAAACCUUUCCUUGUGCGAUUUAAACUUCGAACAACCCGGUGCCAGUAACAACCCCUUGUGUCCCUUGACCUCGGGCCAUUUCAAUAUCGGUUCUUCACAUCGCUUGAAUGAAUCGGUCACUCAAGAUAUACCUGGUAUAGCUUACACGAUUCCCGAUUUGGACGCCAGAGUCAGAGUCGUGGCUUAUGACACGGAAACUUUCCAACAAUUGGCUUGUGUUGAAGCAACAUUGUCAAACGGCAAGACGGUGCAAACCAAGUAUGCGGCUUGGCCAAUCGCCGCCGUUUCAGGUGCCGGUGUCAUUGUCUCUGGUGUCAUUUCGGUUAUUGGCCAUUCCAGCACGGCAGCGCACAUUGCUUCCAACUCAAUGUCACUUUUCGUCUAUUUCCAAUCUUUGGCAAUCACGGCAAUGAUGGGUGUUGCAAGAGUGCCCCCGAUUGCUGCUGCAUGGGCGCAAAACUUUAUGUGGUCCUUGGGUUUGGUUCGUGUUGGAUUUGUGCAGAAUAUCGCCAACUGGUAUAUGCAAUCGACGGGAGGUACUCCCACAGAUAUCUUAGAAUCAAGCUAUCUUUCAAUCUCGGUGCAAAAGAAAUUGGUCAAGAGAGCCGCUAUUGAAGUUUAUGACCAAUUCGUUAGUGAGCAUCAACAAAGAUUCCAAAAGAGAGCAGAUAUCCAGAUAGUUUCCGACGAAUUCGGUAGCUCAGAUAGCUUGGACCCGGAGUUGUAUUCUACCGACGAGAAGGCCGACGAUUUAGCCGGCAAGAUCUUGGUCUUGAGAGGUAUUCAAAGAGUAGCGUACUUGUUGGGAAUCGAGAUCACCGAUCUUUUCAUGACGGGUAUCUGCUUUUUAUUUUUCUUUGCGUUUGUCAUCAUUGUGUGUCUCACGUUGUUCAAGGCCGUUAUUGAGAUCCUCAUCAGAUCCAAGAUGAUGAAUGAAGGUAAAUUUAACGAAUACAGACAGCAAUGGAAUGGUAUAAUAAAGGGAACAAUUUACCGUUUGUUGAUUAUUGCCUUACCGCAAAUAAGUUUGUUGUGUAUCUGGGAGUUGACCUCGAGAGACUCGGCAGGCACAAUCGUGGUGGCUGUGUUUUUAUUGGUCUUGGCCUGCGUCUUGUUGAUACAAGCAAGUAUCAGAGUGUUUAUGAAAGGUAGAAGAUCGGUGGCCCAAUUCAAGAACCCAGCAUAUCUUUUAUUUGGAGACGUGAAAUUUCUCAAUAGAUUUGGUUUCCUUUAUGUGCAAUAUCGAGCUGACUGCUACUGGUUUGUUUCGGUUUCAUUGUUGUACAUUUUCUUGAAAUCCUUGUUUGUCGCCGUGUUGCAAAAGAAUGGCAAACCGCAAUCAAUCGUUGUUUGGGCAAUUGAAUUGGUCUACUUGGUCUUAUUAUGCUGGAUUCGUCCAUUUAUGGACAAGAGAACAAAUGCGUUCAACAUCACCAUUGGAGUCAUCAAUUUCAUAAACGCAUUGUUCUUUAUGUUCUUUUCCAUGGUCUUUGGCCAACCCAACGUUGUGUCAUCUGUCAUGGCAAUCGUCUACUUUAUCUUGAAUGCCGUGUUUGCCUUGUUUUUGUUGUUAUUCACCAUCAUUACCUGUGCCUUGGCCUUGACCUACAAGAAUCCAGAUACAAGAUACCAACCCAUGAAAGAUGACAGGGUGUCAUUCUUGCCUAGAACAGUAAAUAACAAGACCGGUGGUCCCGGUGGGCUAAGCCACGAUGAUGAUAUGGAGUUGUUGGCUUUGGGAGAAACAGCAAUGAAAGGACACGAACAUGGUGGCAACAACAAAAAGGACAGCACAAUGUUUGAUGACGACAACGAUGAUUUGUAUGAAGAAGAUGGUGUAUACCAAAAGACCAGGAAUUUGAGUGGCCAAGUAUUGAUGUCCACAUCGGGGUCAGCUUCCAGUCACGAUUCGAGCUCAAAGAGGGAUUUGUUGAAUCAACUCAGCUCGACGACAAUGGUGGGCAAUCCCUACAAUGCACUUCCUGGAGGAGCAGGAGGAGCAAGCAGCAGCUCGACAGGUGGGUUCAGCUAUGGUCAAACAGAUGCCUAUCAAGGAAGCCUCAGCAGUCCUCAAAAUCCAUACGUUCAGCACAACACGUACCAGCAAGUACCGCAGCAGCAGCAGCAGCAGCAGCAACAGCAACAACAGCAACAACAGAGAUAUCAACAAGGUAAAGUGAACUUCAGAUAA